UCUACACAAUUUCAAUACUAUUUAAUAAAUAUUAAAUAGAUUCUAGAAGAAAUUGAGUUGCAAAUUAUGAUGAUUGUACAAACAUGACAUCCAGUACAAGUGCUGAAACAGGAAAGGUUGUCAGAGAUGUUCUGGUGGAGUUUGUUGAAGUCGCAAUACACAGCAUCCUUUACAACAGGGAACUGUAUCCUCAGGGAGCCUUUGAAAAGAGAGUCAAGUACAAUGUACCUGUUCAGAUGUGUCUUCAUCCUGAUGUCUGUGAAUACAUAGGACACCUCAGUGAAAGCUUAUUAGCUCUGUUGUCUGAAGGACGUGUGAAUAAAAUAUCUGUAGUUAUCUUGCACCCUGACACUCAGGCACCCAUUGAAAGAUAUGUACUUGAAAUUGGAGAUUUAAAAAACCAAUGGAGCGAGAGUGACCCUUAUUUACUGCAUACCGAACAAGCUUUGAGGGGAUUUUUACUGAAAUUAAACAUUAGUGACGCCUUACUACAGCCAGCACCUAAAGAAGCAACAUGGACAGUUCAUGUCCACACAAAGGCCUCUACAUUAGCAGCUGUAGAGGAACAGUUCAUCUUAAAUGACUUUCCGUGGGCUGUGGCUCAGGAAAAGGAACAAAAUAUACAAAAUGCCAAACUGGUUCCUCUGCGUAGCAUGAAUACAGAUAUGUUAAAUAUGCAGCUGUAUGUUGAAGAAGAAAACAGACACCUCAGUGGCUAGUUUCUGCCUACGACAGCUUCUAAUCUAGUGUUAAAAUCAGCCUUACACCGGUGCAUUUAGCAAAAUCAUAGUGUACUUUUUGUUACAAAAUCUGGUAGAAAUAAAUUUGUAAUAAACAGCCCAUUUACACUUUAUAA